AUGACAUCCUCAAUUUCCAAAUCCAAUAAUACUGUCCGUCGCAGUGAUGGGCGGCUGUUGCUGAAUGCAGAUGGUAGUGCUUGUACCACACUACGUCCAUUAUCCUGUGAAUUGUCAUGCUUGCAGAGAGCCGAUGGGUCCUCUUUGUGGAAGUCUGGAUCGACACAAGUCAUGGCGGCCGUAUAUGGUCCUAUUGCACCCCGAAUUCCAUCGCAAGAAAAGGGCGACGAAGCUCAAGUGUCGGUGGUCAUCAAGUCAGGACGACACAAUAAUGCCAACAACAACAGCAAGAGCAACAAUAGUAUGCUGGAACGAGAAUGGGAACAAUUACUGACUUCCAUUUUAACCGCCUGCAUUGAUACUCAUGCGUACGCCCGGACUGUAGUGGAAGUGGUAUUGCAAGUCGUUCAAGAUGAUGGUUCCGUCUUGGCGGCGGCACUACAUUCUUCAGUGGCUGCCUUGAUGGACGCAGGAGUAUCCCUGACCAAUCUACCGGUAGCCACCACAUUUUUACUCUCCAUCCACAAGGAAAAGCCACUCCUUAUUUUGUUGGAUCCAUCCUCCAACGAAGAGACAAAUCCUGAAAAUUGUGUACUGGUAAUGGUGACCGAAAACAACGACCCCAAACGCAUUCUGGCCACUCAUUCCAUGACGGCAACAUCUUCCAAAAAGACAAAGACAGUGGCCACCCUGUCAGCUACCACUGUUCUAUCUUGCGCCCAAGCGGCAGCCAAGGCUACACCUGCUGUGGUCACAUUCUGGAGACUUGCCAUGGAACAACGGGUCACACGAGAGUCUCAAACCUUGUGGUCGUCUUAG